GAAAGGAGCAGAGCGGGAGCCAGGAGAUCGCGCAGGCAGGAAAGUUGCCGGAGCGCGCUGCGCCCCCGGCCGGUCCGGGCUCUGAGCCCGGCGUCGCCGUCCUGGUGGGGCCGGUGCAGCUGGACGCUGGCCCGGACCGGGCGCGGCGGCGGGCAAGAUGCGACGGGCGGACUCCUGAGCGCCCCCAAUGGCCCGUGGCUCGGCGGCCUGCACCGGGGACGCGCGGCUGCUGCUCGGCCGGGACGUGCUAGGACCGGCGCCCGCGUUGCUGGCCCCGGCCGUGCUGCUGGGCGCCGCUCUCGGCCUGGGCCUCGGCCUCUGGCUCAGCUGCCGUGCUGGCGGUUCGCGCCCGCGGCACCAGAAAGACGAUGAUCAACAUCUGCUCAAGAACUUAGAGCCCAAUGUCCAGACUCCCUCGGAAGCUGGCUCCCUACCAAGGAGGCGGAAGCGAGAAGCACAGAUGUCCAGAGAUGAGGCUGCUCUAGAGGAAAGCCGGCGGCCUUCUAACAGCAAUAUCACUGCAUUUGCCCUGAAGGCAAAGGUCAUCUACCCCAUCAACCAGAAGUUCCGGCCUCUGGCCGAUGGGUCCUCUAACCCAUCCCUGCAUGAGAACAUAAAGCAGGUGGUCCUGCCGCACCAGCCCGUGGAGGCCUCCCCUUCCAGCAGCCUGGGGAGCCUGAGCCAGGCCGGGAAGGACGACUGCAGCUCCUCAUCCAGCAUCCACUCGGCCACCAGCGACGACAGGUUUCUCAGCCGCACCUUCCUCCGGGUGAGCACCUUCCCCGAGGUGCUGGCCUAUGAGAGCAUAGACAUCGACCUGUGUGUCUACAGCCUUCACUUAAAAGAUCUGCUGCAUUUGGACACAGAGUUGAGGCAGGAAAAGCAUGUGAUGUUUAUUCAGAUUCUUAAAAUGUGCCUCCUUGAACUUCUUCCUAAAAAGAAAUCUGAUGAUGAAUUGUACCAGAAGAUUCUUUCAAAACAAGAAAAUGAUUUGGAGGAGUUAGAAAAGGGACUUCAGGUCAAACUGUCAAACACAGAAAUGCUGGGUGCUGGUGACUCUGAAUACAUCACUCUGGCAGACGUGGAAAAGAAGGAGAGAGAAUAUUCUGAGCAGCUAAUAGAUAACAUGGAAGCUUUCUGGAAACAGGUGGAAAACAUCCAGCACUUUCUUGUGGACCAGUUUAAGUGUUCCAGCACCAAAACCCAACAGUUCAUGACAAUGCUGACGGAAAGAAUGAUUGCAGCCGAAGGGCUGUUGCAUGAUUCCCAGGAUCUGCAGACCCUGGGGACCCUGGACAGGACAAUGGGGCGGAUGCACAUGGCGAAAGUGAUCGAGGCCCUGAGGCUACAGAUCCAGGAGGAGGCCAGGUGCCGCCUAGACGCCAUCGCCCGCAGCCUGGAGCUGCUGACCGUCAAGGGGCAGCUAUCUGGGCGGCAGAAGGAAGAGCUGCUGACUCAGCAGCACAAGGCCUUCUGGCAGGAGGCAGAGCGCUUCAGCAGGGAGUUUGUCCAGCGAGGCAAAGAGCUGGUCCAGGAGUCUGUGGCUCACCAGGCUGAGGGGACAGCAAAGCUCACACUGGCCCAAAAAGAGAAGCAGAGAAGCUUCCUCUCUGAGACUCAGCUGCCCACCGACCCAGAGGAGUUCCUCAAGGCUUUUCACGAGGUUCUGGAGAGGCACAGGCUGAGACUGUGGGACCUGGAGCUAGAGGAGAACAUCAGGACCACUGAAGCUGCAGCUGCACUCUGCCAGGAGCUAUACUGCAGCACCAUGGACACUUUCCAGAAGUUUGUGGAUGUCCUGUUCCUUGAGACGCUCCCCAACAUGACUGGGCUUCCCCCGGUGGAGUGUGACUACUUGAGGCAGGAGGUGUGGGAGGACGCCGCACGGCAGCUGGGCAAGUCGGACCGUUUCCGGAGGCAGCAGUGGGAGCUCUUCCAGGAGCUCCUGCAGCAGGAACAGCAGGUAUGGAUGGAGGAGUGUGCUCUGUCCUCUCUGCUGCAGACACACCUUCGGGAUGACCACGAGAACACAGUCCGCGGAGUCUUGGACCGACUUGGUGGCCUCACUGAAGAGUCCACACAGUGUGUCCUGCAGGGCCAUAAACUGCUGCUGCGCUCGGCCCUCCGGAGGCUGGACCUCCGCGGUGGCGCCCUGGCCACCCUGGCGCAGAUGAGGCUGUCGGGGAAGAAGCGGCUCCUGCAGGAGCUGCGAGAGCAGCGUGCGCUGGAGCAGGGCUCCUCCCAGUGCCUGGACGAGCACCAGUGGCAGCUGCUCAAAGCCCUGGAGGCACGUGUCCUGGAGGAAGCUGGCCGGCUGGAGGAUGAAGCACAGCAGACACGGCUGCUUCUCCAGCAGCAGCUUGUGGCAGAGGCCCAGGAGGUUGGGCAGCUGCUGCAGCAGCACACAGAGCAUGCCAUCGGGCAGGCACUGCUGGAGCACGCACGCAGUGCAGCCACCAGGAGCCGGGCCAAGGACAAGGAUGACCUCAAGAGGAUGCUGAUGGAGGCGGCAGUGGAGAGCGUCUAUGUGACCAGCACUGGUGUCAGCCCCCUCGUGCAGGUGUAUUACCAGCAGAUCGGGAAGAUUGCUCAGGCCCACGAGGAGAGGAGACUGCAGCUCCUGAAGACCCUACAGGGUGAGAGAAUGGAAAAUCACAAGCUACGAAAAAAGCAAGAGUUGAGUAGUGCUUCGCUGGGGAGCAAGCUGGCAGGUGGGACUCUUGAAGCCUCCCAGGCUGUCCACCAGAGGAUGCUGGCCCAGCAGAAGAGGUUCCUGGCACAGUUCCCUGUGCACCAGCAGAUGCGCCUAAACGCCCGGAAGCACCAGGCAAGGGUUAUGGACCUUCUGGAAGCCCAGCUUGAGACCCAGCUGCAGGAAGCUGAGCAGCACUUCCUGUCUGAGCUGGCAGCUUUGGCCCAGGUGCCUCUCACUGAAACCAAACUGCUCCCCAGUAAGCGCGGGCUGCUGCCAGAAAAACCUCUAAGGACCAAAAGGAAGAAGCCUCUGCCCAGGGAGAGAGGAGGUCCAGGGGCACCCCAGGAUGAGGACCUUGCAUACGGGGACCACACCUCAGGGUCACUCAGCAGCAAAAGGCCAAGUCAGCAAGAAAGUGAAGCUGGCAAUGGUGAGAAUGCAAAGAAGAUGCUGAAGAGACGGAGCAAUCUGUAGUUUCAGACCAGUUGGGGACGUGAACCUGAAGCCAGGUGUGGACACGGUGGAUACCACCCCCUCUCACAGCCAUGAGACAUGCCAGGAAGGAGGGGUGUGUGGGGUCUCGCCUUCACAUUUCUGUCGUGAUAGGGAUGGAGAAGGAAUGCUAAAAAGCACAAAUGAGUACGGCAGGCCCUGUAGCCUGAGAGAAUUAGGAGCCUGGCGUUGGACGCAGGUAUCUGUGAGUCUGCAUCUCCUGUGGCUUUGAGCCCUGGCUUGAUUCCUCACGGGGCUCCUUCUUCCUGAGAGCAUCGUCUCUUCCUUGGCCCUCCCGGUCCUCUGUACCCCAGCCCCACCCCUGCAUCCUGAUGCCGCCCGAGCCUAUCUUCCCUGAGCUCACGGGUAUUUCAUCGCAGCCUCGGGCCCUCUGCCCCCAGCCUCUCUGAGAAGGGCUGCUGAGCAGGGGUCAGUCUUGCUGGUGUUUCCUGCACCCGUCUCUGCCAUCCAGCACCCUGUUCUCUCCUUCCCAUGCCCCCCACCUGUUGGCUUCAAUGUUCUCAUGGGACCACUGCCUGCCUUUGUAUUUUCCUGUCCUGGGCUCAGCUGGCAGAUGAGGCCUGGUCAUUCUGAUGACCCUGAUGAGGGAAUCCCUGGCCCAGUAGCCUGUCCUGACCCACUGGGAGCUGAGGACCCACAGGUACAUGGUGAUACUACAGCAGUGUCUUCUCCAGGAGGCACUUAGAGUACAUGGAAGGGAGGCCUUGCUCAGCCCCCGCUACACCUGUUGGGGGUGAGUCCUUCUACUGGAUGGCAGGUCCUCUCUGUUGGGGCACCUGCUUCUUCUGAUGGUUGAUGAGAACAUCCAGAAACUUCCACAUCAGCCACACAUAAACCACAGCCAGGAGAGGCCUUUCCCACCUGGAGAGAAAAUUGCUUUUGACAUUGAAAUCAGGGAUUCUCAACUUCAGCACAGUGGACAGUUUGGGUGAGAUAACUCUUAGUCUGAGGGAAGGACAUGUCCUACCCGUUUUAGGAUGUUCAGCAGCACCCCUGACCUCCACCCACUAGAGGCCAGUAGUAUCCCACACCAAUUACCACAAACAAACAGGUCUCCAGAUGUUGCCCAGUGCCCCUCCGGGGGCAUCACCUACUGAUCAGAUGCAAAGUCAGCCCUAGUCAAGUCCCCCAUGCGACACAUGAGGUGGGCACUAAUUCCCAGAACAUAGUGGGCUCCAUGGAUUUUCUGGGCCAUUUGUGAAUUUUCAUUUCUUAGAAUCUGAAUUAGACUCUUUCAGUCAAGCAAGGGUGGCUUCUACCCGGAAGCCGUAAUCAAACUCACCCUCUGUCAAGGGCAUCCUUCAGUUCCUGUUGGGGCAGAGGUAGGAUUUCCAAAGUUAACUAACAGCUCCCUCUUGUGGCUCAAUAAAAUACAAAAUAUUUUCUUUGUGGGGUCUUGUAAAAAGCUGUGGGUUCCUUAGUGCGGGAUUCUCAGACCGUGGUUUGCACCGAAAUCACUUGUAUUUUGUCACUUGAGUGCUCUGUAUUCUGAAGCAGAUGGCUCCUGUGUUGGGGGUGCAUUUGCUGAAAUGCAUGUGGUAAAUGCAGGCCUGCUGACAGCACCAGGACUGGCUCAGUUGCCCUGAGACUAGAUCUCUGAAAGCAUCCAUUCAAAGAUCUCCAGGGACCAACACAAACCCUUCCCCUCUGACAAGUCCCUGGGGGCUCCCUGCUCCACAGUCCCCCAGUGUGACUCACAGCCUGGCACACAGAAUUCAAUGACAAGGAUGUGGACUGUGUGUGUUCACAUCACAACCCAACACCUGUAGCUCCCAGCGAGAGCACUGUGGAGACUUCACAGUGGAGUGGCCUCUCUGAUGGCAGUGAAACGUGGUUAUCUGGAAGACUGGAAGCUCCAGUACAUCCCUGGGCACAGGCCUGGGGCACCCUGAUGCUGAUGUGGGCUUGAAGGAUGACCUGAGAUAAGCAGUGGGGACCCAGGACUCAUCUCCACUGCCCUUCCCCACUUUGGUUACCAGCCCCAGGUGUUAUGGGCUGUGGGCAGUGAUGGUGAUGGCAGAGGUGCCAUUGGAAGGGACCUCAAGGGAUGAUACAGUGAGACUAAUUAGUGAAUAAAUUCUUUCAUGAGAACAGCA